UAGGUUCUGUAGUGAUGCCUCUAGCACUGAGAUGCAGUGCCUUAGACCCCUGCUCCACUCGGGAGCCCAAAAAAGGAGUGUCAAUUGAUACCAAUUUCAAUGUGGAAUCAAAGAUCUACAACUCUACAUCUGAACUUGUACAGUGUCAUUCAUAUUGGCAGACAUGUUUAAAACACAUAACAUGGAAUCAACAUUCAACUGUGAGAUUCAACCUAACAGUUCCAGAGGGGAAAUUAACAUGAGGGUGGACAGGACGGUUGAUAUACCAGUUUAUGACAUCUCACUGCUCAGGAACAUUUGGGAAGGCAGAGAGAAAAAAUACAAAAACAAGCAGAAGAAGGAACACGAGCGAGUACAGAAAAGCGCUCUGGCAAAGAUCAAUCAACAAUGGCAGUAUCGCAUAGCAUGCAAGACAUUGAAGUCCAACGAGGUGGAAGUGCUCCAACACUACCUGACGAGAACAGCUCUGAAUGAAAUUCAGCCCCACCAGGAUAUACCAAACACAGAUGCAAAUUCCAUAAUUGAGGGCAUCAAAUUCAUUUUUGAGCUGGAUGGUGAUAAAUGGAUGGAACUUCCUGAUAAUCUUCUUGAUAUGACAUACCUUCGAGAAUGGCACAUAAGAAGAACUAAAAUCUGCAAACUACCAGAGUGGAUUGUGCAGUUUCCGGACCUCUGCGUAUUGGAUAUACCACAAAACGGAAUUGACAAGCUGCCUGUUGAAAUAGGUCAAUUAACAAAGCUGAGGGUGCUGAAAGUUAAUUACAAUAGGCUGUCCAGUAUUCCUCCAGAACUUGGUGAAUGUGAGAAUCUGGAGAGAUUGGAGCUAACUGGAAAUGAUCUUGAACAGUUGCCUUUUGAGUUAAGCAAUCUCAAGAAAGUCACACAUCUGGAUAUAGCAGAAAACCAAUUCGCCAGCAUACCCAUCUGUGCUCUUCGUAUGACAAGCCUACAAUUGUUGGAUAUGAGUAUCAACAUGUUGACGGAUUUGCCUGAGGAUAUGGACAGGUUGGAAGAAUUGGAAUCCUUGUUUGUUCAUAAGAAUAACAUGUCAUAUUUGCCAAAGUGUUUGGUAAAUAUCACUACACUCAAGAUGAUUGUUGUUAGUGGAGACACAUUGAUCUGCUGGCCUUCAGGGCUUAAAGAAAAUCCUGCCAUCAAAUUCAUUAAGCUAUAUGACAACAUGGUUGAUGAAAUAAUGGAGGGGGAUGAUGAGAUAUUGGAAACACGGCAAGACCAUCACAAAGAAUUUAUGCAGACAUACAUUGACACAGUGAAGGACAGAGAAACUGCCCCAACAUACACCACCAAAGUGUCAUUCUCAUGCUGUCUGUAAUGGAGAUUCAGAUGACCAGAAGAAAACGGACAACCAUGCUGCUGUGCAUGCAUUGCAUGUCAAUCCUCUGAACACUUGUAAACAGUGGCCGAGUUCCAGGCUGACUACAUUGCAGAUGCAUGCCAAAACUCACAUCACCUGGAUAGAUGUUUAACACAGGGGCGUAGGUAUGUAACGCUCUUUACUUGUCAGUGUUCCAAAUGGGAUAUUAUUUACUUAAACAUACAAACACCAUCAGAUAGAAUUCAUAGCAAGCAGUGCAUUGGAUUAGUCAGAUUUGAAUAAAUAUAACAGAAGAGAUGAACUGGAAUUAUUAUUAUUUAUUUUUUUAAUUUCACCUUUAUUUAACCAGGUAAACUACUGCGACCUGGCCAAGAUAAAGCAAAGCAGUGCGACAGAAACAACAACACAGAGUUACACAUGGAAUAA